AUGAACAAGAAUUUUUAUUCUCUUGUCGUUGAUGCGGGGGGUUUUGAGAAUCUUCAGUUUCAAGAGAAAGAUUGUCGGAAUUUCAUUGACAAGGCUCGACAUUUAAGGUUGGGUAAAGGUGGUGGCGAAGCACUUAAUCAGUAUUUCCAAAGAAUGAGAGAUCGGAAUGAUGGGUUCGUUUCUAACAUGGACUUGGAUGAUGAGGGAAGGUUACGAAAUGUAUUUUGGGCUGAUGCUCGGAGUCGAGCGGCGUAUGAGUAUUUCGGAGACGUAGUAACAUUUGAUACAACGUACCUAACAAAUAGGUACGGGAUGCCUUUUGCGCCAUUCGUUGGUGUUAAUCAUCAUGGUCAGUCCAUAUUAUUAGGAGCGGGAUUGCUUUCAAACGAGGACACUGAAACUUUUGUGUGGUUGUUCCGAAUGUGGUUGGAUUGUAUGAAUGGUCGGGCGCCCAAAGCCAUGAUAACCGACCAAGAUCGGGCAAUGAAGAGUGCUAUUGCCAUUGUAUUCCCUGAAACUCGUCACAGAUAUUGUUUAUGGCAUAUAAUGCGCAAACUUCCAGAGAAGUUAGGAUCUCAUGCGCAAUUCAAUGGUGGUUUUUCCAUUGCUUCAUUGUCAAAAGUUCUUGUCAUUAACUUCAAUGGGACAAUGGUUGGAGCCGAAGCUGAUGAUGAUAAGAUAGUGCUUCUUCUGUCACUGGUCAAGGGCAAAGACAUUACAGAACUUAUUGCUACUGGGCGGGAGAAGUUGGCCAUUAUCCACCGUGCAGAUGGUGGUGCUGUUGCUCAUGCUGCUGCGGAGCCAAAGAAAGAGCUGGAAAAGGUGGAGGAGAAAGAGGAAUCUGAUGAAGAAAUGUGCUUCAGUCUCUUUGAUUAAGAAGUACUUGGUUCAUUUGUCAGUCUAUGAAUAUCCAAGCUCCAAUACACGGCGCCGGCGUGAGAAUGAAUUGUAGUAGUUUAUAGCUUAUAAUUUUGUAGUUUAUAGCUUAGUUUUAGGCAGAAAAAAGGCUGGAUCAGUACUUACCACCCUAAUGUCAUAUUUGAAUUUGUUCUAUUAUUUUAUCCGAGGAUUUGAUUUAUUAUAUAUCUUACUUAUAUCUUGCC